GUGAUCACAGUGUUUACCUCUCACUGUGUUGACCUCUCACUGUGUUUACCUCUCACUGUGUGUGUCUCAGUGUUCAUCACGGUUGCAGGAGCAGAGAUCUGGUGUCCAACAACAAGCUCCGCUCGGAGAAACGUCGCUGUGAGGAGCCAUGUUUGAAAACUUCAGAGAAAGACUUCACAUGGUGCAGCAGGAUUUCACCACCGGCUUAAAGACACUUGGAGAUAAAUCAAGAGACACCAAAACCAAGAGAAGACCCAGGUUUGAAGAAAGCCCUCCACUUUUCAGUGCGGGACUGGAAAUCCUGAGCAGGUAUGAGGAGAAUUGGUUUCUACUCCACAAAAGAACUAAAGACUGUGCUCAGACUGCAGAGGUAGAAGCUCAUUUGGAAGGGGACUUUGAGGAGAUGGAGAGCAGACUGGUCUAUCUGGAGACUCUGUGUUGUCAGUGUGAACAACAGACGGUCAAACAACAUCAUGUCAACCAACUAGAAGUUUAUAAGAAAAAGAAGAGGAGAGAGCUGGAGGCACUGGAAGCGGAACUAAAUUCGGAGCAUGCUCAGAAGGUGGCAGAACUAGAGCAGACCAUGCGCCAAAAACUGCGAGACAGACAGAAGGUCUAUGAAGAAGCCUUUAACCAAGACAUGGAGCAAUACCUGUCCACUGGACAGAUACAGCAGAGAGAUCCAGCCAAACCUGAUGUGGGUGUUCUGGAUCACAUGAUGGUAACUAACAUGUCAGACCAGGAGGCUUUGGAUGACUUCCUAAACUCCAGCGGUGAUGACAAUAGUACUGGAUCAUCACUGACCUCAGGUCCAGACCUCGAGUCCUGCUCCUCUGAAUCUUCAAGAAGCCAAAUGAACCAAGCCCCUCCCACUGACAACCAACCAUCCAUUCAGGAUGCAGCAUUGGGGCGAGAAGAGGAAGUGGCCAGUGAGGAGAGUGAUGAACCUCUGGUGCAGUCUGAUGAGGAAGAGGUUCAGCCGGACAUGUCAUUGGUUGGUCUGCAGGAUGUUGAGAGGGCCUCUGAUGAGAGUGACUCCGCAGGGGACCUGCCAUCUGGGUAACUGAACAGCAAGGACCUUGAAACUCACUGAAUACUGGAACACUGACGACUGUUGCGCUGGCGUCCUGUGCUUCGCCUGGUCCUGGCUCUCGACUUCAGCCAACACGUGCCACUUUUCUGCUUCUUUUCUUUGAGGUCACAAAGCUCUGUUCUGAUUUGACUUGAAAACAUGGCUCCAACACAAAUGCUUGGAGAAAAUGUGGUCAGAGUCAGUAAUGCCAACUAACAGGGUUGUUGUUAAUUCUUAGUUUUUUUUCAUAGCACUGACAGAAAACCUUGUUCAUAAAUAGUGACAAAUUGAUGCCAAUCAGAGUAAGUGCCUGACAGGCAUCAGCGGAGGACAUGGCAGUUGCCACGGUGACAGGAGAUGUUCUUGUUGUGUAAGGCUUGGAGAACCAUGGCAAGAUCAAGUCUUUUUUGUUUGAGGCAAAUCUAUCGCUAAUGCAUUCUGUGUCUAUAGGAAGUUGGAACAUUUUGCAAUUGCUGGCUGUUAAAAGUCCUCAAGAUGGCUCCAGUGACUGAGCCCACACUGCAGAUGGAGCAGCUGGAGCCUCUGUCAGAUCAAAUCUACAUAAGACAUAUGGAUCAAGUUUCCUUAGUUCUGACAGAAACUGUCUGUCCACAAUUCAGCAGGUGAUAAUCUAUAUUAUUGUUAUUUUAAACAAAUCCCAUGAAAACCAACAAUGACAGGACUGAGAGUAUCAUGGUGGUGGAUGCAGUAUGUCAUCCUCUUAUUGUGGCAAAAUAUAAGUAAAUGUACAUUGUUCCCCUAAUAGUUGACCAAAGAGUGUGGAGGCAAGUCAGGAAGUAUUGGAAGAGAAUGCUUUGACGGGUUUUGUUCUUUUCAUUGAAUCUGUUGAUGUGAAAAUAUAAAGUAACACCAGACAUAUACUCUAACAUGUCUGUAAAGUUUUUGUUUGACAAUCAGAUCUGUUUUUAUGUCCUCCCCGCUCAAUAAAAUGUCAAUCUGUUUGUGUAUCAUAUAUUUAUGUCUUGUGGGGUUUAUUGCAAAAAAAAUAUGUAAAACAUCCUUGUCUGAUUCCACACAGUAAUUUACACAGAAUAAACAAAAGAGUAA